ACUUAAAAACAAUGGAGAACUUGUUUAGACUUGUGGAUCAAGAUCAAGGUUUCUUUCAACGUAAAUGGACAUUAGUCAAUGGUCCAUUGAUAGUAGGUGCUGGUCCAUCAGGGUUAGCCACUGCUGCUUGUCUUAGAGAACAAGGUGUCCCUUCUGUUGUCCUCGAAAGAGCCGAAUGCAUAGCAUCUCUAUGGCAAAAACGAGCCUAUGAUCGGCUCAAACUUCAUCUUCCUAAACAGUUUUGUCAACUCCCUAAAGUACCAUUCCCUGAAGAUUUCCCUGAGUACCCAACAAAGAAACAGUUCAUUGAAUACCUUGAAUCAUACGCUAAGCGUUUUGAUAUUAACCCAAAGUUCAAUGAGUGUGUACAAUCAGCUAGGUACGAUGAAACCAGUGGAUUUUGGAGGGUUAAGACGGUAAGAGGCUCUAAUAAAGCCGAGUUCGAGUACAUUUGCCGAUGGCUAGUUGUGGCCACCGGCGAAAAUGCCGAGUCAGUGGUGCCGGAUAUCGACGGAUUAGCCGACUUUGGUGGUGAAGUUAUUCAUGCUAGUGAAUAUAAAUCCGGUGAGAAAUUCAAAGGCCAAAAUGUACUCGUCGUUGGUUGUGGUAAUUCAGGGAUGGAAGUUUCACUUGACCUUGCUAACCAUAAUGCUUCACCUUCAAUGGUGGUUCGCAGCUCGGUUCAUGUAUUACCAAGAGAAGUUUUAGGGAAAUCGACGUUUGAAUUAGCUGUUUUGAUGAUGAAAUGGCUACCACUUUGGCUCGUCGACAUGAUUUUGUUGAUUUUGGCCUGGUUGGUGCUGGGAAAUAUUGAGAAAUAUGGAUUGAAAAGGCCAUUGAUGGGUCCAUUAGAGCUUAAGAACAGUAAAGGGAAAACACCGGUGUUGGAUAUUGGGGCAUUGGAGAAAAUCAAAUCGGGUGAUAUUCAAGUUGUUCCUGGAAUCAAGCGGUUCUCACGUGGACGAGUUGAGCUCGUUAAUGGUGAGAAACUCGACGUUGACUCAGUUGUUUUAGCCACUGGGUACCGUAGUAAUGUUCCCGCUUGGCUUCAGGAAGGUGAAUUUUUCUCCAAGAAUGGAUUCCCCAAGGCACCAUUCCCAAAUGGAUGGAAAGGGAAAGGUGGACUGUAUGCAGUUGGGUUCACUAGAAGAGGCCUAUCUGGUGCUUCCUCAGAUGCCAUUAACAUUGCUCAAGAUAUUGGCAAAGCUUGGAAACAAGAAAAUAAGCAGCCCAAAAAGAGGACCAUUGCUUGCCAUAGGCGAUGCAUUUCACUUUCACAGUUCUAAAUUUCUUUUAUAUAUAUAUAUAUAUAUAUCAGCAGUAGCAUGGGAACAUUACUUUACCUUUGUUGUUUUGUUUAUUUUUUUCAUGGUGUAAAAAGAAAAAAAAAUUAGGUAGUAGUAAAAUAGCACCCACGGCAAAGAAAUUAUAGUCAAUGCUGUUGAUGGUGAAUACCUUGAUUACGAUCAACAUAGAGCCCUCUCUCCAA